AUGGCGUCCAAUGUGUUGAAGAGUCUUAAUGACUGCUAUCACUUCAGUAGUGAUGACACGAAUAGCACCACAAAAGCCAAACGAAGACCACAGCCACCGAAGUCGGCGACCAAGAAGUCGGUGAGAAGUGCGAAGCGAUGCCAACUGUUCGCAGACAUCGUGUCUGCGGCCGUAUGGGUGCACGGCGUGCGAGCGGACAGUCGUGUGGCCGCGGACUCAGUGCUCGAGAUGUUGACGAGACAUAUGCUGGACGGCUGCACAUGUGUGGCCCUCUCCUCCACAUACCUCCUCAUAGGUAACACACAUUUGGAGCGCUUUCUGCUGAAUGUGAACGACUUCGAGAGGAAAGUGGACUCCGAGGAGAAGACAUCGCAGACCACCACUGAUUGCAAUAAUAGCCACAACCCGGCCAUCAAUGAUAUACACGUCCAGAAGGACAGCAAAUUGGACUCGAAUGUGAUGCCAGAGUUGGUGGACAUGAAGAACGUGUCGGCGCUGUUGGCACCGGUGGACGAAGCGGUUGACCACUGGAGUCUCGCCUUAGCUUCCGAUAACGUGUCGGCGCUGUUGGCACCGGUGGACGAAGCGGUUGACCACUGGAGUCUCGCCUUAGCUUCCGAUGUGAAGAGCCGCGUGUUGUCCGAAGAGAUUGUAGUGAAGAUGCGGUUGUAUUACAACUUGUAUUCAGUGAUAGAGAUCUACGGCUUCUAUAAGCGAUUCUCGUCGAGAUUUAAAGCCACGAAACUGUUGAAUGAGUUUAUCACUCAGUGUUCAAACAAAUACUCGGAAAUGGCUUUAAUUGCUAAUUACUAUUUGGUCACCAAUUACAUCCAUUUGGGAGCUCUUCGUAAAGCGAAAGCUUCUUUGAUUCAAAUCACAUCUUCGAGUUCUGCAAGUGCUUACCAAUCAAUGCCUGAUUCCUUUGGAAAGUCUCUCAAUUUGUUAGCGAAAUGUGAAUUGAAUUUAAUGAGUGGUCGACCAGAGAGGGCCGCAAAGACUUUACAACUGUUUCUCGAAUCGGAUUAUCUCUUGAAGUUAACUAUAAACCGCUAUUAUAUCAAAGGGCUGACCCUGAUGUUGGCCACCAAAUUCACUUCACAACAGUUUAACUUUUCCAAGAAUUUCCGUGAAUUCUUAGAACCAAUUCAGAUGUCUGUUUGCAUUCUCAAGCGAUGGCAUCCCUGGCUUUCCCCCAACAGAGCUAACAAUGAGAAUGUUAUCAAUUCUGGAGAUGUAGACCCGCUUUGGUACAGGUACGGAGUGAUGAGCUUUGCUUUCGACGCCCUCACUCUGUCCACCAAUUUCUACAUAAACAUCGAGAUUCCCAGCGAUUCCUUCCAUUACUAUAACUCACUCUUGCGAUUGGGUCGACGCCAGUGUGCGACCGUUCGUUUGUCGGAGUUAUUAAUAAUUGGGUCCAAAUUGGAUGUCAUUUGUGACCACAAAUACGCGGCACAAGCAAAGCUGAACAACGCUUCCCUAAUACUUCAAUCGACUCUUUUGUCGUCCGAUUCGUCUGUUUUUAGUUCUGAUUCUAUAGUUUCCUCGAUAUCUCCCCAAACGAAACAACCAAACACUGGGUUAAGAGAUGCUCGACACCAGUCUCUGCCAAUUGAUCCCCAGAUUGACAUUAAGUCUGCCGACUGUUCAGCUGAUGUGCAUCCAUCGGAAUACGAUGACUGCGAACACAAUCACAUGUCCAGCGCAUGGGAAGUGAAGCAAAAACUUAGAAAUAUUGAUAAUAAUUCUGACGAUUCGUCCGAAGAUUCUAUACUAGAAAGAGAUAAACUUGAGGUGGAUAUCAAAGAAUACGAAGAGGCCGUCAAUACAUGCCAUCGAAUAACUAUUUCUCAGACAUACUCUUAUGGCGAACGUCUCAGUCAAUCAAACCUCUUAUAUUUGAACGCCUUCUCUAUGUUUGCCUUAUAUUUAGACAAACAUCAUAUCAAAGGAGAUAAGCUUUGGGUUGAGUUUAACAGCAGUCGCUUCGAAAGCGUCGGUGACUUGUCAUGUCAUUCGCCGCAAGUGUUAACCCCUCCCAGAGCUAACCCCCUUAAGAGUAUGGCCCCAAAGGCUCCCAAACACAGAGCAUUUAAAAAUACUGAGAUUGAGGAUUAUGUGACCGCGCUCUCCAAUAAACUGUACGACGAGUCCAAGUCUUCCACUUCUUGUCAAACGAGCGAUACAAACAUAUUUGGAUCCAAAAAUAAUUUGAAACUUUUUGAAAUGGAUUCCGAAAUGCGUUCACUUUCCGUCUCUGAUCUAAACUCAGCCACUAAUUUGAAGUCCGAUGUUAUCGUUGCGGACGUCUUCUCGAAGCCCAAGUCUAAGCCGAAGUCUAUUGUUAAUAAACGCACCACUCGUUCGUCUUCAAAGCUAAACGAAAACAUUUUAAAUAUUGACGAGAAAUCGUCGAAACGUCUCAAGUCGUCGAGUAAUAAGUCGUCGAAAGGAAAGACUAGUGAAGUGUCCGACAGUGCGAAAGACUUGCAAUUUGUAGAUUUGGAGGAAUUGGAUGAUGUCUUCGAACAAAAGCUUGUGAUUAGCGAUGAAACCAAAGUGUUUUCUAAAGAAGAUUCAUAUGAUUUGCAAUCAAUUGUCGCACUAUUGAAAACAGGGUUCGGUUUGAUGGCCUCUCAUCCCAGUUGUAAACUCUAUGUCUCUAUUCAUAAACUUUUGGCACAAAUAUAUUCAAUGGAAGAGAUGGUGAAUGAAAGCUUUGUUGGCUACCAUUACUGCGAAACCAAUGACUUUAACUAUCGGUCGAACGCGUCCAUAACGAACAGGGAUAGGGAGACCUUCUGGAAUCUGCGGCACUCUCUCGAUGACGAACUUUCGCUGCUUUUACGAAGCGUUGAGGAGACCUGGUUUGGGGCCUUUCGGGGCAUUCUUUUGGGACAAAUUCAGAGCAAACGCUAUGAGCAGAUGUGCAAUACGUUGAUGGCUUACAUCAUGAAUUUGGCACAAAAUGAUGGUCUUGUGUGUAACAGCAAAAGUCUGUUUAAAGUGAUGGUCGAGUCGUUGCCGUCCCUUAAGUAUCACGAAUACAAAGUAGCGAUGAAAACGCUUUUCAACUCUCCUUCAGACGAUCUCAUAUUGAAAUGCUUUGAGAAAUACGAACAACUCUUUUGUGAGUUCUUUCCCAUUGAUAACAAAGAAGAGGUUUUCACAACAUAUGGCUUAUCACCGGUCGGUUUAAUUCUCGACAAAUCGUUACAAAAGUUUCCAUUUGAAUCUCUGCCAACACUUCAGGCCUAUAAUCAAUCCAUAUUCAGAACUCCAUCUCUAAGAAUACUAUCCCUUAUGUACAAUACAUUUAAGGACAAUAUCUAUAGCAAAGGUGUGGACGAGUCGAGUGUGUAUUAUGUGGUGAACCCGUCGGACAACUUAGAGAAGACUCAGGACUUCUUCAAGGAGUCAUUUAUGGCAAGGAGUGAAUGGAAUGGAGUUAUAGGACGAGUGCCACAACCAAAUGAGUUGAAGAAUGCAUUGAAUUCGGCGGACACUUACAUAUACUUCGGUCACGGGGCGGGCGGCACCUACUUUAGGACUAUACCCGACGGCUUGGAUGGUUGUCACAUAAACUGUGCCUCUAUUGUGAUGGGUUGCAGUAGUGGUCGACUCACAUCCGAAGGCAAACAUCUCGAACCUUAUGGAGCGGCCCAUCGGUUCAUAAUGAACGGCUGUCCCUGUUAUGUGGGUGUUCUGUGGGACGUCACCGACAAAGAUAUCGACAAAUUCUCCGAUCAAUUGCUCACCUAUUGGUUCUCUAAAUGGAAGCCAGAAGUGAAUGACACCAAACGUAAGACAAAUGUGUCCAUCGCUACAGCCGUCUCGAUGUCCAGAAAGGUGUGUCGACUGAAGGCCCUGAUCGGGGCGGCCACUGUUGUCUAUGGAUUUGGUGGCAAUCGGUGGACACAUGUGUUGACACAUGUGUUGACAACACAGACACUCAGGGCAUCGACGGCCUGUCCAACGGUUCUCGGCAUUGAGACCUCUUGUGAUGAGACGGGGAUUGCAAUCGUUGACCAAAACGGCUCAAUACUCGCAGACGUGUGUCGAUCGCAACUCAAGACCCAUCUGUCCAACGGGGGAAUCAUUCCUCCGGUGGCCCGAAGUCUGCAUCAGAAAUGCAUCGAUGACUGCGUCCGUCAGUGUCUUGAAAGGGCGGACAUGAGUGCCGACCAGUUGUCUGCCAUCGCAGUCACUGUCAAACCUGGUCUUCCUCUGUCUUUAGUGAUCGGCAAGAAUUACGCCAAAGCUUUAGCCCUGAAGUACCGAAAGCCAGUGAUUCCCGUCCAUCACAUGGAAGCGCACGCUUUGAUGGCAACCAUUAAUAACCAAAGCCUUGACUUCCCGUUCAUUACUCUUCUGAUAUCCGGCGGUCACUGUCUUCUGGCGAUUGCCAGAGAUAUCACAAAAUUUGAACUCUUGGGCCAAUCGAUAGACUGCGCGCCGGGGGAUGUGAUGGACAAAAUCGCGCGAAGACUUCGACUCCGAAAUCUGGGUCCGCCUUAUGACGAGCUCUGCGGCGGAGCAGCUCUUGAGUUAUGCGCCAAAAGCGGGGAUCCAUUGAAAUACAUAACUGAUGUCAACCAAUACCCGAUGUAUUGCUCACCACAGCGUUGCUGUCGAUUCAGUUUCUCUGGUUUUCAUACACUUGUCUUCAGAUUAAUUGAAAAUCUCGAGAAGAAGUCACAGACACCUCCCGAUGGCGUCCUAUCGGAAGCCAACGAUAUCUGUGCGUCCAUUCAAUACGCCAUGACUUUUAUGUUGAUUAAAAAACUUCAAAGAGCUCUCAUUUUUAUCCGUUGGAACGACAUGUUUGAAGGAAAGCCUAUAAAACUAGUGAUAAGUGGUGGAUGUGCUUCCAAUGAGUUCAUAACUAAUACCAUCACAAACUAUUGUCACUCCGAAGACAUUGAAGUCCAUAUUCCUCCUAAGAAAUUAUGUUCUGAUAAUGGAAUUAUGAUCGCAUGGAAUGGUGUCUUAAAACUACUCAAUGAACAUAAAUAUCCAGAUCUCAUCUUAAGAGAUGAGCAAUUGAUUCAAGAACUUGAUAUCACAGGGAAAGCCUCAUUCGGCGAAGAUAUUAGUCAUCAAGUGAUUAGUGAACACAUUAAAUGUGACACUUUUGAUGUCAAACAGUUUAUUAGACAAUAA